UAAACAAUACUGAUUACCAAACAAAGUAGCUAUCUCAGGUCCUCCUUUUCCAUUGCUCUCCCCCUGAGUCUGGUGUGAUUAUUGCGUUUCUGUCAGUGUGCACUCCAAGGGGUGGAGACAGCUACAGCCGGCUACGUUUAACUGAAGAGCAGCACUAUAAUAACUGCUUCGAGCCACCCCAUUGUUAUUAUACUCAAACAGUGAAAACUUGGAAUCCUUGACAUUUCAAGAUGUGUAAAGGGCUAGCAACACUUCCUGCAACAUGCCUGAAAAGUGCCAAAGACAUCAAACACAAAAUAAACAUCUUUCUCCAGAGGCAAGAGUCACAAGAAGUGGACCAGAAGCAGACAGACGAAAAGAAUGAAGAAGCUGCAAAAAGGGUGCCAACUGCUGCUGAGGUAGAGAAAUGGAAGGAAUCGUUCAGCUUUGUGAUCAACUGUGAAAGUCGAAAUGUGUUUACCAGCUUCCUGCGGUCGGAGUUCAGCCAAGAGAACAUGCAAUUCUGGGUUGCAUGUGAGGACUUCAAGAACACUUCAAUUUGCAAGUUGGAGAAGAAAGCAAAGUUCAUCUACCAGCAAUAUGUGGCAAUAGACUCUCCAAAUGAGGUAAACCUAGAUGCUGGGACCAGAGAGGAAACAAGACAGAAAGUUAUGAGUGCCUCUCAUUCUUGUUUUGACGAGGCUCAGAGGAGGAUCUACAUUUUGAUGGAGAAAGACUCCUACAGACGUUUCCUACACUCCAAAUUGAUUCACGAUUUGUCUCAGGCCCACACUUCUGUUGUACGGAAGAAACAAAACAGUGGCUACAGCACCACUGAUAUCAGGGAGGAAUUCGCUCGUGUUGCCUAGACAGGAAGAAAAACGGGAAGAAUAUUUCAACAGUUGCCGUACAAGAUAGCUGUUCUUGUUAAAAGCAGCAUUUGCAUGCAGGAUGAACAAGGUUUCAGUCAUGACAAUACGUACAUAUUGAGGUUAAAAGCGGAAUAAAAUCCAGAAAUGCAUGCUUAGUGUCAAAUGUUCUAUUAAUUACUACCUCUGUACUUAUAAUUGAACAGCAACAAGAAAUGUUUUGUUUUUGUUUUGGAAAAUCCUAAUGCUUUCCUUUUUUGUGUUAAAAAAAAAAAGUUAACUGCUGACACAUUUAGUAAACUAUUGUACUGUUUAAAUCUUUUAACUAAUUGAUAAUAACAAUUGAUGAAAUAUAAAAAUAUCAUACAGUAUUUGAUCAUUUAGCAUGCCUUAAUGUUGGAUUACUGAUUUCAUUAAGCGUUUUGCAAGUAAAAAAGUCUUUUUUUUAAUGUGGCCUUGCAUGAUUAUAUAAUGCAUAAAAAAUACAGUAUGUAUUGCAAUAUUGUUAUAUAUUACUUACAUUCCCUAACACAAAAUAUUUUGUUUGUGUGUGUGUUUAGAAUUAAAAUAAACAGAAGACAUGGAU